AAAAUAAAAAAGAAAUAAAUAGAAUGUAUCAUAGAAUUGAUUCUGUGUUGAGAAGUGUUAAAGUAAAUUAGCUCCUCGAUAUCUCGCUAAUGGGCCGAUUGCGUACAGGUGCUGGGUUGCUAUUUAAGUUAAAUGUGGAUCGAAGACGCAACUAUACUUAGUUGACAAACAUAGUUGGGCAUUAUCGCUUGUCCAUUCCUAUACGACAUUUGUAUAGUUUAACUUGGUAACCGUUAUUAACUUUCUAUGUGACAUCUUUGGUGAUAUUAGGUAUUACAGCUCGUUUUUUACAUCGUUUUCUUUUAUUGAUAAUAUGGGGCUUAUAAAAUGAUUUACGUAGAAUAAAAAAUUGUUUAAUUUUACUUCUGGAGCGACUGGGGAGUUAUUGUAACGUUACGGUGAUGGGGUGUGUCGUAUCAAACUUGGGUUCAUCACAUUCUGACGAUAAGGAACUCCCACAUUUUGUUUCACCGGAGGAUGUACGACUCGUGCAGGAAAGCUGGUUACUCGUGCAGCAAGACAUGGAUAACAUCAGUCUUAUCAUAUUAAAACGGUUUUUCGAGACGAACACAGAUUUAAAACGGUUGUUUUAUACAAAAUUACGUGGCGACGAUAUGGAUAUGGAUAACAUUGAAGAGAAAGAAUUUGACGAGGAGAAACUCCGUAUGCAUGGUCGUAUUGUGAUGGAAGCUCUAGGGGCAGCAGUUGAAUGUCUGAACGACAGUGAACACCUUACAGUAUUACUUAUAGGUAUUGGUGAAAGGCACGUGAUGUAUGGGGUGAAAGCAGAUAUGGUUCCACGUCUGUGGCCAGCCAUUGUUACAACAUUAGAGGAGCAAUUAGGGGAAAACUUCGACAAUAAAGUAGGAUUGGCGUGGGAGAGGGUUUUCCAGUACAUAGGGGGAAAGGUUAUAGAGGGCAUUAAGAGGUGGAAGAAGAAAAAGUAGUUCCGCGUGAAGAUACAAGACAAAACACUCAAGCUCAAUAUUCACAGUCAAUAUGACUUUUCAAAAUCACAGAACUUUGUUUUUCUAUUCAAGUGUAAAAGUGCUCUAAGAUGAAUUGAAGUUAAUUAUGUUGUGAUUUUCAGUACUCUUAUCAUUUGAUUUUUUUUAUUUUUACCGGUUUACGUAAUGUACAUUUUUACUUGAAAACUUCCUAUAUGAUUACAGUUUUUUUUUUGAUACAGUUUCAUCAUGUAAAUAUAUAUAUGUAAAUUCAAAUAAUGUAAUAUACUUAUAUGUAUGUAUCUGGCACGAAUUAAAUUUGCUAGGCCAGGGUCGCAAGAAACGUCAAGUAUAUGAAUGAACAUUUAGGUCGAAUACAUGUUAAUCUUUAAACCGCAAUUAAUAAAUGAAUAACGCUAUAACUGAUUGCACUCGUAUGCAACAUGGAAUGUAUCCCCGUCUUAUUUGUACAUGCAAUACAAGCAGCACAUGUAUCAGAGCAUAUUACAUAUAUUAAUGUUUUACGUACAGGUACAACUGUGAAAGGUCAAACUGAUAAUAUAUUCCGGAUCAUAUAUAUUAACAACAUGAUUUACUAAUUACAUGCUAAAAUAUCGUUCCAAGAUGGUCGUAACAAUUUAACCCUACGGCUGAGAAUUGUCCUUGAAUAUUUCAUAAGUUUAAAUUUACUUUAGUAAAGACAACACUGAUACAGACUACAGUCAUAUACUAGUAUUGAAUAAAUCUCAAAUUUAUACAAGCUAGAAUUAUUUAUGAUUAGAAUGUAAUGAUUAUUCAAGAUAUUGUUCAAGAACUUGAUUUAAUGAGUAAUUCUUAUCAGAAAAUGUAGCUUUGAUUAAAGUAAUCUUAUUACAAGAUUUAAAUGUUGAUAAAGUAUGACCAUUGGGUAAAUGAUAACUUUUAAAUAAUUAAUUGAAUAUAACAUCUCUGCAACAUCAUUAAAUAUGUUGGCGUUCUGCUUGUCGUCGCCGUCCAAAUUGAAAAAUGACGUGAUGUUUCUGUUGCAAAUUUUAAAGUUGAAUUAAAAAGAGUAGUGAUGGUACGGUACAUGUUUAGUAAUUUCAGAGAGAUGAAAUAAUUAAGAAUAUAUAGGAACGUCAAUGUCGUAAGCUAAAGUUAUGAUCCAGUGUCGUUUUUUAUGUGUGCAAAAAAUAUUUUAAAAACUAUAUUGAUUAUUACCUACUUCGUUAAUGAAAUUCAGGAAGUUUUGUUGCCAAUAAUGGUAAUUUAACAGCAAAUUAAUGUUUUUAUGUUAAAGAAGAACAUUUGAUGAAAAUAUGGACGGAGAUGUUGUCAUGAUACAAUUGGUAUAGAUGUACUACCAUCAAAACAAUAAGCUAUAUAAAGGUUGUUUACCAUUUCUCUCCUAUUCUUUUCUGGCAUUCUAGGCUAACAUAAUAUUCUAUGGCCGACCUAUUUCAAGCAAUGUAAUCUAUGUCCUGUGCCACGACACAUUAAAGCAUGGAAUCAAAGAAAACCAAAUCAUUAAUAAAGGUUAAUAACAGUUACAAUCAUGUUAUAUAAAAUGUCCAAUCUCGCGCCUUUUUAUUUUGUGUGUUUAAUGGCAAAGCAAUAUAAAAUUAGCUUUAGGAAACAACAAUAAAAGUAAACCAAGAUUAACUUGUCUUUAAGUACAAUUUAUAAAUUUAACUUGUAUAGUAAAGAUGAUUGUUGUUUUUCUCCCACGUCACCAUUGAUAGGUAUUAAGGUUGUCUCAUAAGGAUACAAUGAUGGCGUCAAAGCCAUAUUAAGAUAUAUUACAAUACAGAAACACAACAAGUUUUAACCGAUAAUUACGCUUUUAUUAUGAUAUGUUUCGAAUAAUUUACUUUUUAUUUACGCUUGAUGAAAUGUUUAUCAUAUGCGGACUACCUAAAUCGACACUGUGUUUAUCGAUAAGAUACAUAGUAAAAUGUUUAAUGACUUUCUUUUAGGUGUUGUUGUUUUAAAUAAAGUGUCUGUGAAUAAUGAAAUAAAAUGUUGUUUAAUUUUGA